GUUCUGCGCUUCUACUGUGAAACUUCUAAAAUUUCGACAUUGAUCAGCAGCAGCAUCCCAAGACUGGAAAAUGGCAUCUCAAAUCCAAAAUCCGCAGCUCGAGCACGCGAUGCUUCUCAUCCAGAGAUACGUGCCAGAGACGGUCAUAGACAACUGGCGCGUGAUCGGCAUCACCGCAGUAAUGAUCGGCCUCGCAUUAUGCCCUGCCAUCGCCUGGGCCAUGGAAUCCUACCAGGAAUAUUUGGACGUCGGACCGGGAGGAAUGCCCUACAAUAUUUUCGGGUGGAUGCUCCAAGGCAUAACACAAAUCGUCGCGCGACACGACACACGCGAUCAUGAAUCCUUCUCCGACCCGAAAUUCCGAUCAUCUCUGGGAGAGCACGGUACAAAGAGCUUUUUGUCGGGACGCAGCCUUCCGGCGCGCAAAGGAGACCGUCCGGUCGUGCCAGGCUUCGUAGCGCCGCAGCGGCAGAUGAGCGAUCGCGGGCCCCGGAACGCCGAAAUGAGGGAACGACUUGUGGCAUAUCAGGAGGACAUCGCUCGGGCCAACCCUUCGCUGGUGUUUGUCGACGUGUCUCGACUGGAGGGCGAAGGAUCUCCGUCCGACCACGCCGCGCUGUGGUACGCCGUGAGCCGCGAUCGGGUGUUCCCGCCAUACCUCAAGAAGACCAAGGGCGAGUUCGCACAUGUGCACCCUGAAGCUACGAUGCAUGUCACAUUGAGCUUGCCCGAUGCCGAGGAGGUUGUCAGGAAGGGCUGGGGUGAGAGGCAUCCGCUCAGUGGGGUCAGAGGGUUCUGGCCGAUCACGCAUGUCAUGCUUUAUGUGCCGAGGGAUGACGCCGAGCUGGAGAUCUGCAAGAAGAUUGUUGAUGCUAGUGUGAGUUUUGUAUGCUGUGGUGGGCCUGAAGUUCAAAGGGCUUGAGCAGCUGAAAUAGUGGCGAAUGCCUACUGGCUCCAUUUGCAGACAUGCCAGUGGUCCCUGGGACUAUGCUACAGGUAAAAUGUGUCCCUCCUGAUCGAGGGCGCAUUUCUCUUGAGUUGCAGAUUAAGAUCAGACACAACGCCACAAGGCCAUCAAAUGAUUCGUUCAUGGGAUUUAGAUGGAUAUAUAUAUAGAUAGAUUAAUAAUAUUGAUAUCAACAUUCAAAA